AUGAAGCAAACUUAUUUUCGGGAGCCAAAAUAUUCCAAGAAUUACCUUAUUCCAAGCCAGCAGAACCUUUAUAAACAGUAUGUAAACGCUUUUGCUUUCUCUGAAAUGGUGAAAAGUCAAAAUUUCAAAAAGGAACUUCAACAACAAGCACAAAAUAAACCUUCAACUCCGCCUUCUCCUUUUGAACCUUCUGAUAAUAUUCAAAUUCCACCAAAUGCAACAGCACAAAAACAUUCUUUUGCUACACUUCAAAAAACAAAGACCGAUCUAUAUGAAUUUAAUAAAAUAUUUCAAAUGGCAACAUCAUCAGAACUUCGUUCACAAUUUAAUUCAAAAAUUAAAAAGCUUGAGGAAACUAUAGUAGUAGAGAAGAGACUUAAGCAGCUAAAAAAUCAUGCUACAUCUAAGCAACGAACUCGAAAAAGAAAAUCAUUUUUCAUGAAUGAUCCUGAAAAAAUGAAUAGUAGUAUUGAAUUUGGAACUCACUGGUCGAAGUGGCAUGAUGUGCAUGAUGUUUAUGGCUCAGAAAUAGCUGAUAAAUUUUGUUAUCCCGAUUGCAAUUAA